GCUAAGAUUUCAAGCUCUUGAGAGAAAACCCUAAGCCCUAUUCAGUAGAAAACCCCUGAAACCUCCGUUUUUCGAUCUCGCCGGCGUCCGACAACCGAAAAUGGCGGAGCUGAAGCUGUCGGAGACCCGGGACUUGACUCGAGUGGAGCGAAUCGGAGCUCACUCCCACAUCCGCGGACUUGGUCUCGACUCCGCGCUCGAGCCUCGAGUCGUGUCGGAAGGCAUGGUGGGUCAAGUGACGGCGAGAAAGGCCGCUGGAGUCAUCCUAGAGAUGAUCAAGGAGGGAAAAAUCGCGGGUCGGGCGAUUCUAAUCGCGGGCCAACCCGGGACGGGCAAGACCGCCAUCGCCAUGGGUAUGGCUAAGUCUCUAGGUUUAGAAACCCCUUUCGCCAUGAUUGCAGGGAGCGAGCUUUUCUCUCUGGAGAUGUCGAAGACGGAGGCUCUGACGCAGGCGUUUCGCAAGGCGAUUGGUGUUAGAAUCAAAGAAGAAACCGAGGUUAUAGAAGGGGAAGUCGUAGAGGUCCAGAUUGAUCGACCCGCGUCUUCGGGAGCUGCGUCGAAGACGGGGAAGCUGACGAUGAAGACGACGGACAUGGAAACUGUGUACGACCUCGGGGCGAAGAUGAUUGAGGCGUUGAACAAGGAGAAAGUGCAGAGUGGGGAUGUUAUCGCCAUUGAUAAGGCAACUGGGAAGAUAACUAAACUCGGGAGGUCAUUCUCGAGGUCUCGUGAUUACGAUGCAAUGGGGCCGCAGACCAAGUUCGUGCAGUGCCCUGACGGAGAGUUGCAGAAGCGGAAAGAGGUCGUGCAUUGCGUGACGCUUCACGAGAUUGAUGUCAUCAACAGCAGAACACAGGGGUUCCUUGCCCUUUUCACUGGUGACACGGGUGAAAUCCGGUCAGAAGUUCGGGAACAGAUUGAUACGAAAGUGGCGGAAUGGAGAGAAGAGGGGAAGGCGGAAAUCGUCCCGGGUGUCCUCUUCAUCGACGAAGUUCACAUGCUAGACAUCGAAUGCUUCUCUUUCCUGAACCGAGCUCUGGAAAACGAGAUGGCUCCAAUCCUCGUCGUGGCCACAAACAGAGGAAUCACAACUAUCCGAGGGACAAACUACAAGUCACCACACGGGAUCCCCAUCGAUCUCCUCGACCGUCUUCUCAUCAUCAACACCCAACCCUACACCGAGGACGAGAUCAGGAAGAUUCUAGACAUCCGAUGCCAAGAGGAAGACGUGGAUAUGAACGAAGAGGCAAAACAACUUCUCACCCUGAUCGGACGAGACACGUCUUUGAGAUACGCCAUUCAUCUCAUCACGGCUUCCGCCUUGGCGUGCCAAAAACGGAAAGGGAAACUUGUUGAGAUCGAGGACGUUCGAAGGGUAUACCGUCUAUUUUUAGACGUAAAAAGAUCUUCGCAGUACCUCGUGGAGUAUCAGAACCAGUACAUGUUCAGUGAAGUUCCGACAGAAACUAGAACAGGUGGAGAAGACGCCAUGAAUAUCUAAGACUUGUGUCUGUGGGAUCUUUACUCUAUGGUUAUUUAUGCUUUAGCUUUAACGCUUGUUAUGUGUGUUCAUGGCUUUAUGUAUUUUCGUUUUAAAUUCACUUUUUUUUUUAGUGUUUUCAGUUAUAUCUUUUUGUAAGAUUUUGAAAAAAAUUCUGUAUUUUUUUUCCUGAAGGACAAAGGCAAGAACAUCGAACAACGUA